AUGCUGCUAUGUCUUAACUUCCUGUUUUUUUUAAAUUUGUUUACUCUUGUAAACACUCUCAAAUGUUCAACUAAAACUGAUAAGUAUCAAAGUUUCAUAUGUAUCCCACAAAGAUAUGAAGGGUUAACAAAAGCAAGGAACUUAUUUCGCCUGUAUCUGAACAAAACAUCAAAAAACAAAUUCGAAAUAAUAUGCAAAAAAUUAGAAGACAUAGAUAUAUUUCCCAAAGACAUUGAAGAAUCUUUCAUUAGAGGUACAGGCAAAGGUGGACAGAAAGUUAACAAAACGAAUAAUUGCGUAAUGAUAAAGUAUGACAACUCGGAUGGAGAAAAAAUAAUAAUAAAAUGCCAUAAGUACAGAUGUCUACAUAAAAACAGAACUUAUGCACGAGAAUUGCUAUACCAUAAAAUAAUUUCAAUCAGAGACAAACUCGAAAAUAAGAUCAUCAAUCAAAUUGAAAAGGAAAAACGAAGAAUCUUAAAACCAACGGAUAAAGAAAAGAGAGAAUCAAUAAAUUACAAAAAAAGAAGAUCAGAAAUAAAAAAUAAUCGACAAAAAUGUAUACUAUAUGAAGAUGACAUUGGUUGA